GGACCAUCGAGCCGAGGGACAGUCGGCUCUUCUUCAGCUAUGCCUACAGGGUACUACGAUGCACGACUCCGCCGACGAUCCGGAACGAAGACCAGCUCUCCAGAGCCGCAAGCUGUGCAACGCGCACCGAUAAGUCUCCCAAACGCCUGUGAGGAGAAGCGAUUUGGCGACACCUCAGCAGACGAAGCCGAUGACGAUAUCUCAUCCCUCGGCUCUCCACGCGGAAAACUGGGGACAGCAGACGACGCAAAAUCCGGAGGCUCGCGAUGGCCUCCAUUAUCCGUGACGUCGCGCAUGAGACGUCUCAGCGGCCAGAGCACAUUCACCGAUGCAAUAUUCUCUGCGCCGGCCACGGCCAGUUCGCAAGGGACCAGUUUCAGCCUCGAGGAUUCUCUCGCACGACAUCCAUCGACACCGCCUUCCCUGUCGCAGCACGAAAAGAAGCCUUCCCAACGAGUAAAGGCUCGGGACACGGGGCCGACCCCUGUACCAAAACAACAGCAGCCUCAGCAGCUGGUCCCUUCGUACGACGAACUUUACGGCUGAUUGAUUAUGACUGGUAACGAGAAGCAGGAUUGAGACAGUAUUUCUUUUCUUUGUUUGCUGGGUUUUGCCUUUCAGACCGACCCAGACCUAUAUCUGUAUCACGGAUGAUGUGAGAUAUGACUGAACAACCUUGCCCUGGGAAAUGGGCACCUUAGACAAAGCCAAGCCAGAUUCAUCACACAAGAUCGGUCCCUGUCCGAUGAACCCGCUUGAUUAAUACUUCGCCAAGUAAACUAGACCCCUCCAUAGAAAACGAAGAGGCGAGAGCGUUCCG